GAGAGUGGUUUGUGCUGACAAGUGUUAGUGUUUGAGCUUUGAGGUUAUGCUUUUCAAAUAUUGUAUUUCAUUUCUAUCCACGUGUUUGCAAAUUUUAUAAAUUAACUCAAGUCUAUUUAGAAGUUUAAGUUGUAAAAUUCAAUCUUUAAAUAAUGGGAAAAAUAAAAAUCAAAAGGAAAAACAAACGUACAGAUCCUAUUGGAUCCAGAAGUAAAGAGGCCUUGCAAAGUAUGGAUGAAACUCAUCAGAAGAAUGUUAAUACCGCUCUUGAACAGUUGGCUACUUUGAAUGCUGAAGAGAAUCUUCUUGGCCUCAAGAAAUUGUCCACUUUAUAUUCAAAUAGUGAUGGCUCACCGAUUCCGUUUGGGGAUAGCAGCAAUGAUUUGAAUAGAAAAUGUAUUAAAAGUGCCAGCACAUUUCUAACCAACCAAAGGACUGACAUCAAACAAGCCGCUAUCAAUGCUCUCAGAUGUCUAAGCGCCGUAACAGAUCUAUCCCUUAGUGAUAGUCUAGUCGAAGGUGAUGUGAUUUCCAACCUCAUUACUCUUAUACAAGAGUACGACAGUAACAGUGCUCAAAAAAUGGAUAGUGAAGAACAACAAUGCUCUUUGAAAGAAAGAGAGAAACUUGAAACUCUCAUCCAGGCUGUUCAUCUCAUAUCAAAUUUGUGUGAAGUGAAUGAAAAGGCUCUGGAUAUUCUCAACUCAAGCAAUGUAAUACAAAUAUUGUGGAAAUUUAUCAACCCUUCGGUUGCUGGUAUCGAUUUGGCGAUAAGUAUUGCUCAGUGUUUCCUCACAAUAUCAGAAGAUAACGAUGAUAUUUUAAAAAAUCUACAGCGCUCCGAGGAUGAAAUUGCAAAAUUAUUAAGUAUUGAAAAUGCAAAUCAUGAGAUAAAAUUUCUCCACCUGAACUUACUCUCAACAGGGUUGCUGAUGAACUUACAUCAAGAACUCCCAAUUAAAUACCUCCAAAAAACUUUUGAGCUGAUCGAGAAAGUUUUAAAACUUGAUCCCAGACCAGAUUUUUGUAAACUGUCAAGUCAAAUUCCUCUUGACAAAGAAAGCGUUUUAUCUUCGGAUAAUGUACUCCUACUGGAUAGACUUGUAGAUACAGUUAACGUGUUGACAACUGCUUUUGAGAUUUUGACUAAUAUCUGUUCUAGUGAAGAAGAUGAAGAGGAAUCUAUGGAGGUUGAGUGUGAUGAUGACUCCGAUGACAUGACAUGUGCAUCGGAAGGUCCUAAUUUCAAUGAACCAGAAGCUCUAAUAAACUCUAGUAUUUAUGAAGCUUUAGUGAAGUUAAAUCUUUUUCAACAUUCCUGUAACAAAACCGUUGAUCUACCGGAUAAUGUGGCGGAAAUUCUAAGGAAUCACUUGGAUACUGAAGUACUAGUUAGGAAAUAUCAACUAAUGAGGAGUCGUUCAUUUCAUUUCCUCAACAAUUUGUUCUUGAUACUAGACGAAUCAGCAAUUGGAGGCGGAGAUAAGCUGUAUGCAUUCUGGACCGAAACUGCUACUUCUCUUGUUAGAUUAGCUGGAAAUUCAGGGUUGUCUGGCACGGAAGAGUUGGUUGAAGCCAUUACUGCAGCAUUGAGAGGGCUGAUUGGUCAUCUAGUAUCAAUUGAUUAUCCCGCUCUCAAGAGUACGUCUUCAGAUGAGCUUGAGGUAAGUUUUUGAAGUAAUGAAUGUCACUCACAAAUGUUAUAAUCGUGAAUUGAAUAUUGCUUUGUAAAGUGUAGCUGUACAAUGGUAAGAG